GUACAGGGAACACUGAUUAUGUGUUAUACGUUUGGUUGUGUGAGUGAUGUCUUGAACUCUCCGCCAUUGAAUUUCAUUUUAGCCGAGAAUUGAAAUAGGGUGAACCUUUCGCAAUCGGCAAAAAUCUUACCAAUCCUUUUUCUAUUUCUUAUUCUAUUUAGUCAUAUUUCGUGCACAAACAUUAUAUCCAAUGGCAGACAGAGACACAGAUGAGUUAAACAUCGAUAACGUAAUAAAAAAAUUAUUAAAAGUGCGAGGCGAGAAGCCUGGCAUGAAUGUACAGUUAUCGGAAAUUGAGAUUAAAGGGCUAUGCUUGAAAUCACGAGAAAUAUUCUUGUCACAACCGAUAUUACUUGAGUUAGAAGCACCAUUAAAAAUAUGUGGUGACAUCCACGGUCAAUACUAUGACUUGUUAAGGCUGUUUGAAUACGGCGGUUUUCCACCAGAGUCAAAUUAUUUGUUCCUCGGCGACUACGUGGACCGCGGUAAACAGUCAUUAGAAACGAUAUGUCUGCUACUCGCUUACAAGAUUAAAUAUCCAGAGAAUUUCUUCUUAUUAAGAGGAAACCAUGAAUGCGCUAGCAUUAAUAGAAUUUAUGGAUUCUACGACGAAUGCAAACGGAGGUACAACAUCAAACUAUGGAAAACUUUCACGGACUGCUUCAACUGUUUACCGGUCGCCGCGAUAGUUGACGAGAAGAUCUUCUGCUGCCACGGCGGUCUAUCUCCAGAUUUACAGGCGAUGGAACAAAUCCGACGGAUCAUGCGACCGACCGACGUGCCCGACCAGGGCUUACUCUGCGACCUGCUUUGGUCCGACCCGGAUAAGGACACCGCCGGUUGGGGAGAGAACGACCGUGGCGUCAGCUUUACAUUCGGCAUUGAGGUGGUGGGCAAGUUCCUGUCGAAACACGAGUUCGACCUGAUCUGUCGGGCGCAUCAAGUGGUCGAGGACGGCUACGAGUUCUUCGCCAAGCGGCAGCUCGUCACGCUGUUCUCCGCGCCCAACUACUGCGGGGAGUUCGAUAAUGCAGGCGCGCUGAUGUCGGUGGACGAGACGCUGAUGUGCUCGUUCCAGAUCCUGAAGCCGGCCGACAAGCGCAAGCUGUACUCCGGCCUCAACAUGGGCCGCCCCAACACGCCGCCGCGCGCGCAGCCCAAGAACAAGAAGAAAGAUAUAUGAAGCCAGCGAACUAAGUUAAACCCCCGACCGCCGCCAUCGCAUCGAAGUCGACGACUUGCAUGGAUUCCCACGCUAAUUAAUUAUCUUUUAAUUAAUUCAAUAAUCAUCGCCAUUUCCUUUCAAAUAUUUGAAACCCGUAAUAUUUCUGCCUAUAAAUGUAUCGCCUUCGUAUUGUCGAUUCUUCCACCUUCAAACAAAUUCAUUUAUUUAUAUUCAAUUUUUUGUUUUGUUAACACAAAUUCACGUCGAAUAGUUUUUAAUGUUUAAUUUCAUUCGAUUUAACAAUUGCUGGACAAUUGUGUUCAGUGUAGACAUGGGCUUAUCGGCUAACAAAAUCUUUGCCUUGAGUUACAAAUUUAAAAAAAAAACACUAACUGUCACAAGUAUGCAACAUUCACUUUCAAGUAAAAAACACGUAAUCGAAAUUCCAAGCUCAGAGCUUCCUUAUAGCGUGAGCUGCGAGCGUUGUAAGUGUAAACAAAUGGCUCCGGGGAGUCCAAGUAGGAGGCGCGUAAGAUGUGAAUGCUAGUAUGUAUUAUUGUAUGUUCGUUCGUAUGUCUGCUCUUACGCUUGUGUCGUACUCAAUAUCCAUAUUUGUAAGGCGUUACGCGAUUUCGAUGUAGCAUUCUAGGAUUAUUUAGCAACAGUCUCACUGCCAAUGAACGGAAACGGAUCGCUCCGACGGCAAGUAAAGCCGGAUUGUGACAUUGAAACCGCGCAGCGAUAUUAAUUAAUGACUUUGAGUAUAUCGGAUAAACGUUUAUAAUUAAGUAGUAAGCGUAAUUAUUUGUGAACAGCCUAGGUCUUCCGAGACGAUUACAUUUUCGACGUUCCAACCGUCCCCUAGUGGUUGGACGCUUCUAGAUCAUGGUGUAGUGUGCUUUGUGCGUACUUCGUGUCUGCGAUCCCGCGCUGUAUGAACCUUUUUGAAUAAGGCCGCUUCCGCACGGACCGUUUUAACUGACUCUGUUUUUAAUCUGUAGUUUUACUUUUGUAUAGUGCAAUGACCUUAAUGAAAUGAAAAUAAAAAAAAAUAAAAAUAUUGAACGUGUUUUAUUAAAUGAAGCGAUUCGAAUCGUAUAAGCGUCUAUUUAUAAUAAUUAUGAUAAAAUGUAUUUUAUUUUUUGUCAUGUAAUUAUUAAUCGGUCCGUGUCCAACUCCAAACAGUAACAUUUAAAAAAAAACAUUGGAGCGCGGGAAGCGAUGCAUUGAAUCACUAUUUAUUUUCGCUAUGAAUCAGACUGAGCCCCGUACAUGGCCGAUGGCCGACUAAAAUCAAUGAUUUAUUGAUGUAUGAACAAGAGAAUUGUAUAUUAAUUUCGUAAAUAAAAUACUUUCUGAAUA